AUGACAAAUAAUAGGAACUUUACCACAAAGAAUCUGCCCGAUGGAUCUAAACCCAAAGGAUUGAGAACCCCAAGCCCCUGGCAACCUCCCCUGGGACACUGCUCAAGAUGUGACUACUACUGCCCCCUAGGUGGUUCCUCCGAGAAUUUCAAACCCCCCCCCCCAAAAAAAACACUCUGGCUACAGCUCAAACCUUAUGACAACACCAGAAGAGAAAGCGCCAACGCAUAUCAGCGAGCUCUGACCCUCGUCUACAAGGGGAGAAGAAAAACAACGCAAAUAAGGAAGACAGCAAAGACCACCCUCUUCCCCCAGGAAGGACCCCAAACACAUUCCUCCAACCCAACAAGAACUGACCCAUUUGAUCCACUACAGAGGAAACCCCUACUCCAAAACCGCCUUGGACUACACCUGAAGAGAGAAACACAUACGAACUAA